AUGGAUCUCAUCACCAAACACAAGGUUGAUCAAGCUGCCCAGGAACUAUUUUCAGGUGUUCAGCAAUGUUUGAGUAGGUAUAUCACAGAGAAAACUACUAUUCCCAUCCGCCGUCUCUACGGCUACUCAAUCGACGGCGAUAAGACCCUUGGUCUCCCUUUCAUCCUGAUGGAGUUCAUAGAAGGGAACACUUUGUAUUCUAUGAACCUACGAGAGAUGGACAGAGACAAACGGAAGCACCUCUAUGCUCAGAUGGGUGAUGUGUACAUCCAACUUUACCGGCAGCAAUUUGACCGAAUCGGCGCUCUUACCCUUGAUGAGAAUGGUGGGUGGACAUUUACCAAUAACCGUCCGCUGACCGUUGAUAUCAAUGCGCAAGAGGUCGCUGGACAUGACAUCUGUCGCUUUCUACCCCCUAACCGCACAUUCAACUCAACAAUUGACUAUCUGUACAUGAUCACCAAGUUAAUAUCCAAUGACUUCUACGGUGGUCGGGAUUGUAUAGUUGAUGAAGAUGAUGCCCGCUGGUAUCUCUACAGCAUCUUCACAUCUCAAGGGAUCUUGAUGGAACGGGUUAAGCCUGAGUACAAUCAUGGCCCAUUUAUCUGGAUGCAUCGUGACCCGCGCCCUCCUAAUAUCGUUUUUGAUGAGAAUUUCAAUCUGGGAAUGGAGUUAUACUAUUCCAGCUCAAAUGUUUGUGCCCCCAUCUUGGCUUACCAAUGA